GCCAGCCCCGGGGCCGCUCCGGCCGGGACCCGGUGCCUUCCCGGUGCCUGUGCCCGCCUGCGGGCCCUGCCCGGCUCGGGGGCAGCCGCGAGUGCUGCGGGGGCCGGGCUGUGCCCCCGGCAGGCGCUGCCAGGCUCCGGGAGGUGGAGCGAGGGGCAGGGUGACCCCAGCACAUCCCUGCCCACCCCGGCAGGUCAGCGGCGCUGUCUCCCAGGGCCCAGCCCUGCGCACCUGGAGCCUCCUCAGCCCGGCAGCAGCAGCGUGUGCCAGCUCUCGGUGCCACCCCUGCUGUCCCCUCCCUUGCAGCCCGGCGCUGGCAGAGAGAGGCUGAGCGAUGGCCGAGGGGGAGAUCACCACCUUCAGCGCCCUGACCGAGAAGUUCAACCUGCCCCCGGGCAACUACAAGAAGCCCAAGCUGCUGUACUGCAGCAACGGGGGACACUUCCUGCGCAUCCUGCCCGACGGCACCGUGGAUGGCACCAGGGACCGCAGCGACGAGCACAUCCAGCUCCAGCUGAGUGCAGAGAGCGUGGGGGUGGUGCACAUCAGGAGCACCCAGUCGGGGCAGUACCUGGCCAUGGACACCAACGGGCUGCUCUACGGCUCGCAGUUACUGGGUGAGGAGUGUCUGUUCCUGGAAAGGCUCGAGGAGAACCAUUACAACACCUACAUCUCCAAAAUGCACGCGGACAAGAACUGGUUUGUGGGGCUGAAGAAGAACGGGAACAGCAAGCUGGGCCCGCGGACUCACUACGGCCAGAAGGCGAUCCUCUUCCUGCCCCUGCCCGUCUCGGCCGACUGAGGCACAGCCCCGAGCUCAGGGACGGCCCCAGACCCCGAAACCCAACUGCUGCUGCCUCCUCGAGCUCAGCAGAGCUCCCAGCUUUAGGUCAAGGCUUUGCCAAAUCCAGCCAAAGCAGAGCCCCUUUGCUCUGCACCAAGCUUUGCAGAGAUGAGGGGACGAGUCCUAACACCCUCCUGAGGUCAUGGGGGUCCAGCUCCCCCUGCCCUCAGCUCUGUGCCAUGUGUGCCGUGACCCUCAGCUCUGUGCCAUGUGUGCCAUGACCCUCAGCUCUGUGCCAUGUGUGCCAUGUCCCUCAGCUCUGUGCCCGUGUGUGCCAUGUCCCUCAGCUGUGUGCCAUGUGUGCCAUGACCCUCAGCCAUGUGUGCCAUGACCCUCAGCCGUGUGCCCACAUGUGCCAUGACCCUCAGCUGUGUGCCAUGAGUGCCAUGACCCUCAGCUGUGUGCCAUGUGUGCCAUGACUCUCAGCCAUGUGCCCGUGUGUGCCAUGACCCUCAGCUGUGUGCCCGUGUGUGCCAUGACCCUCAGCCAUGUGUGCCAUGACCCUCAGCUCUGUGCCCGUGUGUGCCAUGACCCUCAGCUCUGUGUGCCAUGACCCUCAGCCAUGUGUGCCAUGACCCUCAGCCAUGUGCCCGUGUGUGCCAUGACCCUCAGCUCUGUGCCAUGUGUGCCAUGACCCUCAGCUGUGUGCCAUGUGUGCCAUGACUCUCAGCCAUGUGCCCGUGUGUGCCAUGACCCUCAGCUGUGUGCCCACAUGUGCCAUGACCCUCAGCCAUGUGUGCCAUGUGUGCCAUGACCCUCAGCUGUGUGCCCGUGUGUGCCAUGACCCUCAGCUCUGUGCCAUGUGUGCCAUGACCCUCAGCCAUGUGCCCGUGUGUGCCAUGACCCUCAGCUCUGUGCCAUGUGUGCUGUGACCCUCAGCUGUGUGCCCGUGUGUGCCAUGACCCUCAGCUCUGUGCCAUGUGUGCUGUGACCCUCAGCUGCUUGCCCGUGUGUGCCAUGACCCUCAGCUCUGUGCCAUGUGUGCCAUGACCCUCAGCUGUGUGCCAUGAGUGCCAUGACCCUCAGCCAUGUGUGCCAUGACCCUCAGCCAUGUGCCCGUGUGUGCCAUGACCCUCAGCUGUGUGCCCAUGUGUGCCAUGACCCUCAGCUGUGUGCCAUGUAUGCCAUGACCCUCAGCUGUGUGUGCCAUGUAUGCCAUGACCCUCAGCUCUGUGCCAUGUGCGCCAUGACCCUCAGCUGUGUGCCUGUGUGUGCCAUGACCCUCAGCUCUGUGCCAUGUGUGCCGUGACCCUCAGCUCUGUGCCAUGUGUGCCAUGACCCUCAGCUGUGUGCCCACAUGUGCCAUGACCCUCAGCCAUGUGUGCCAUGACCCUCAGCUGUGUGCCCAUGUGUGCCAUGACCCUCUGUGCCAUGUGUGCCAUGACCCUCAGCUGUGUGCCCGUGUGUGCCAUGACCCUCAGCCAUGUGUGCCAUGACCCUCAGCUGUGUGCCAUGUGUGCCAUGACCCUCAGCCGUGUGUGCCAUGACCCUCAGCCGUGUGCCAUGACCCUCAGCUCUGUGCCAUGUGUGCCAUGACCCUCAGCUCUGUGCCAUGUGUGCCAUGACCACGCUGCAGCUCCCAGGACCUGCCCUGGGCAGGCACCCAGAGAUGUGCCCGAGGGUCACGCCGGUUCCCAGAGAAGCUCACACUUUGUGUCCCCAGGCAUCCUAAGGCAAAGCCUCCCUGGCUACUGUGUGUUAAUAUAUUUGUCCAUCCAGGUGUGUAGCUUCUGACAUGCCCUUGACAGUUCCAGAUUGCACCAUCAGUCCUGUUAUCCAGGGCCAGCCUGGUAAGUGCCAGCUGGGCAUGCUAAGCUGAGCUAGGCAAAGCUCCAGCCUCAGACCUUAUCUCCCUCACAACACCAAUAGUGUGUAUUUCAUGCUAGUACCUGCCAGAUGUUAUUUGUAUUUAUUUAUUAAGUAAAUAUGUCUCUUCUACAA